UAACGUGAUAAUUUUUUAUAGUACGCAUGCGUGAAAUGUCAUUUAUAGAAAACUGCGCGCCAAAGCUGAUCAAACUGAAGUCGUUUACUUAAAUGGCUCGAGAUAACAUCCUGUAGACAUUAUUCGCUUUUGACAUCUUUUUUAUUAUUUUUUUCUGGUUUUUCUGAAAUUUUUCGUGAACAGAAAGUUUAUGAUGUCUCAACAGGGUGCUACUGUACAAGCAUGUAACCAAAAAAUUGUUAAAUGUUUAGAAGAAAUGAAAGUAAGGCGAGCAGAACUCCAAGCUCAAAUAGAGGCUCAAGAAGAAGAGAAGAAUGGCUUGCAACGUGAGAUUGAGAAAAUGUCGUGUAAGCUUACACAUCUGAAUGAUAGUUUGGCAAAACGGAUUGCGAUCAGAAAUGAGUUAGACAGAACUAUUGCUGACAGUGAAUUGGCAUACAUAAAGAUUUUAGAGAGUUCCCAGUUAUUGCUUAAUAUGCUCAAAAGAGAAGCUGUUAGCCUGGAUCAGACUUUAGCUAAAAUCAAUGUAAAAGAAAAUUAUGAGGAAAUAUGAAUUAGAAUUUGACAAAAAAUUUGUAAGGGACCAAAUAUUUAAAAAA